GAAAGUGGAAAGUAUAUUUUAUUUAUAGGUUUCCUCUCACAAGACCUGAUCUUUGCAAGAAAUGGGAAGCUGCUCUUAAAAGGAAAAACUUCAAGCCAACCAAGUAUAGCAGUAUUUGUUCAGAACACUUUACUCCUGAUUGCUUUAAAAGAGAAUGCAACAACAAACUCCUGAAAGAAAAUGCUGUGCCCACGAUAUUCUGCUAUACUGAGCCUAAUGAAAAGUUUGAAGAAUUUACAGAACAGCCAGAAGAUUUGUCACUACCACCACCUCCUGUAUUACCACGGCCUCCAAAUCCUUCAUUUCCUUUAUCUCAAAUAGAUGUGAAACUUGCAAGUCCAAAAAUUGGACUAUUGAUGCCUCCUCUCCAGUCCCCUAGCAAUCUUGCUGUUUUCUGUGAUCACAACUAUACUGUAGAGGAUACAGUUCAUCAGCGAAAAAGAAUCCUGCAACUGGAGGAACAAGUUGAAAAGCUGCGGAAGAAGCUUAAGACAGCACAACAGCGAUGCAGGCGUCAGGAAAGACAAAUUGAAAAACUGCAAGAGAUUAUUCAGUUUCAGAAAGAAAAAAACAUAUUGGCAGGAAAAGGCUAUGUGGUUCUACCUAAUGACUAUUUUGAAAUUGUAGAAGUACCUGCAUAAAAAAAAUCAUCUGUGUUAGUCUGAAGAGGAUACUUGGCAUGGCCCAGUUAAAGUGGAAGCCAAGCUUAAAAACAAAUCCACUCUAAUUCUGUAUGUAAGACUACUCAGGAUUUCAAAACA